AUGUAUUUGAUGAAGCUGGAAGUUGAGUCCCUCGAGCAAAUCAAAUACGACCGCUUAAUCAUCUAUGGCUUGGACGUUCUUUUGGCUGAAGAUGGGGAAACCACAGAUGAGCAAAGCUCAGUAAAUAGCAAGCAAGUGCGGCUUUGUAAUCUGGUGUAUCAUGCGCUGUACAAGAUAAAUCGAAAAUAUGAGUUGAAAGAGGUUAAGGCGGUGUCAUACAACAGUACUACUCAAUUAAGCAAACAACUGGCAAGAAUCGAGUCUUACUGGAAACAUGUCUGUUAA